CACUCUGAGAGUGUUAAGUGCUGUGCGCAUUUACGGUCUGCACAGAGAACAUUGUAAUUUGUGUCAACUGAAAAUGAUUUUUCAAUUAAUUUAUUAUUAAGUUAUUUAAAUAAUAGAAAUGUUAUUAUUUAAUGGCGUCUCGAUUCAUUCAGAGCAUUUGUUCCCUACAAUUCGGGUUUUAGGGUCGCCAUUAAAGUUGCAGAAGCUCCUUUACUUGGAUCAUUUUGCGACUCCUCGACCUUUCAGUGGUGGAAUUCGAAGUGGUAGACAUAGGGAUAGAAGAAACUUCGAAGUAGUCGAGGGUGUUAGUAUAAGAGCUAUUAUGGCUGGAGAGAAAGGGGUGAAUCCCGUUGCUAAUGUUUCUUUCGGGAAGAUGGUUUUUAUACCAAUAUUAGAAGAGGGUGUUUUCCGAUUUGAUUGUUCUGAAGAUGCAAGGAAAUCAGCAAAUCCAAGUCUCUCUUUUGCAGAUGGUAAAAUUAGAGACAAUGCAAUUCCAAAGGCAAACAUGCCACAAUACAUUCCUUCUUCUGAAUGCAAGAACGGCCAGCAGAUCACGGUCAUUGAGUUUCCUUCUGGAACUUCCUUCUAUGGAACUGGUGAAGUUAGUGGAAAUCUUGAGCGCACGGGAAAGAGAAUAUUUACAUGGAACACGGAUGCUUGGGGUUAUGGCUUGGGAACAACAUCUUUAUACCAAUCUCAUCCUUGGGUCUUUGCCCUACUUCCAAAUGGGGAGGCCUUUGGAGUUCUUGCUGACACAACUAGGCGUUGUGAGAUAGACCUGCAACAAGAGUCGAUUAUAAAAUUUGUAGCUCCUGCUGUGUACCCGAUCAUUACAUUUGGUCCAUUUGCAUCUCCAACUGAAGUUUUGACCUCUUUAUCUGUUGCAACUGGGACUGUUUUCAUGCCACCAAAAUGGUCUCUUGGUUAUCAUCAAUGCCGUUGGAGCUAUGAUUCAGAUGCCAGAGUUCGUGAGGUGACACAGACAUUUAGAGAGAGGAAAAUACCUUGUGAUGUCAUUUGGAUGGACAUUGACUAUAUGAACGGGUUUCGUUGUUUCACUUUUGAUCAAGAGCGGUUCCCUGAUCCAAAAUCUUUGGUAAAUGAUCUCCAUGAUAAUGGGUUCAAAGCAAUCUGGAUGCUGGAUCCAGGUAUUAAACAUGAGGAAGGUUACUUUGUAUAUGACAGUGGAUCUGAAGGGGAUGUAUGGAUUCUGCAAGCAGAUGGGAAGCCAUAUGUUGGAGAGGUGUGGCCUGGGCCUUGUGUCUUUCCCGAUUAUACUCAAGGGAAAACUCGUUUGUGGUGGGCCAAGCUAGUUAAAGAUUUUUGUGCUAAUGGUGUAGAUGGAAUAUGGAACGAUAUGAAUGAGCCUGCUGUAUUUAUGACUCUAACCAAAACAAUGCCUGAAAGCAACAUACAUAGAGGGGAUGAUGAACUUGGUGGAUUGCAGAAUCACUCAUAUUAUCACAAUGUCUAUGGUUUGCUGAUGGCAAGAUCGACUUACGAAGGAAUGCAUUUAGCUUCUGAGAAAAGGCGUCCAUUUGUUCUGACAAGAGCAGGAUUUAUAGGUAGUCAAAGAUAUGCUGCAACAUGGACUGGAGAUAACUUAUCGACUUGGGAGCAUCUACAUAUGAGCAUCUCCAUGGUUCUUUCACUAGGCCUUAGUGGUCAACCACUAUCUGGGCCAGAUAUUGGUGGAUUCGCUGGAAAUGCAACACCUAGGCUUUUUGGAAGAUGGAUGGGUUUUGGUGCUAUGUUUCCAUUUUGCCGUGGGCACUCAGAAACUGGAACUCUAGACCAUGAACCAUGGUCCUUUGGAAAGGAGUGUGAAGAAGUAUGCCGUCUUGCAUUAACUAGGCGUUAUCGGUUUAUCCCACAUAUAUAUACUCUUUUUUACUUUGCUCAUAUGAAAGGAACCCUCGUGGCAACUCCUGUAUUUUUUGCUGAUCCAAAAGAUGCAAAGUUGAGGAAAGUUGAGAAUGCAUUCCUAUUGGGCUCCCUUUUGGUGUAUGCAAGCACUGCUCCUGAAAAGAGAUCGAAUGCUUCAGGGGAUAUUUUGCCUGCGGGUAUUUGGUUGCGUUUUGAUUUUGAUGACCAACAUCCUGAUCUACCUACACUAUAUUUGCAAGGAGGAUCAAUUGUUCCUGUGGGUCCAGUUCUUCAGCAUGUUGGUGAAGCAAAGCCGACGGAUAACGUCAUACUCAUGGUUGCCUUAGAUGAACAUGGAAAAGCAAGAGGUAUUCUAUUUGAGGAUGACGGUGAUGGAUAUGGAUUUCGACGUGGGGAAUAUAUCUUGACCUAUUAUGAAGCUCAACUUUCUUCUGGAAUUGUUUCCAUUAAAGUUUCCAAAACAGAAGGAUCAUCUCCACGGCCAAGACGCAGCCUUCAUGUGCAAUUAUUGCUUGGUGAAGGUGCUAAGAUUGAUGCUUGGGGUCUGGAUGGGGAGGAAGUACGGAUUGUCAUGCCUUCUUCUGAUGAAGUUUCCAAAUUAGUAUCUGCAAGUGCAAAUCAAUAUAAAAGCCUUAUGGAAAAUUCCCAAUGUAUUCCUGAUGUAGAGAAGUACUCUGAUCACAAGGGAGUAGAACUUUCAAGGACUCCUGUUGAAUUGAAUAGUGGGGAAUGGGAACUAAAGAUAGUACCUUGGAUAGGGGGCCGGAUGAUAUCUAUGUCACAUGCUCCAACUGGCACUCAAUGGCUUCACAGCAGGAUCGAGAUCGAAGGCUAUGAGGAGUACAGUGGAGUUGAAUUCCAUUCUGCUGGUUGCUCUGAAGAAUACACAGUUACAGAGAGGAAGCUAGAGCAGUCUGGGGAGGAGUCGUCUCUUGCUUUAGAAGGUGAUAUUGGAGGUGGAUUAGUUCUACAACGUUGUUUUCGGAUUCCAAGAGAAAAUCCCAAAGUUUUCACGAUUGAGUCUGCCAUUGUUGCACGUAGUAUUGGUGCUGGUUCAGGUGGAUUCUCAAGGCUGGUUUGCUUGAGGGUGCACCCAAUGUUUACAAUCUUGCAUCCAACAGAGGUUUGUGUUGCCUUCACUUCCAUUGAUGGAGUAACGUGUGAAAUUAAGCCAGAAUCUGGAGAACAGAUGCUAGAGGGGAGCAGCCUGCCUAAUGGUGAGUGGAUGCUGGUGGACAAGUGUGCAGGAUUGUGUUUGGUUAACAGGUUCAAUAUAAAGGAGGUCGCAAAGUGUCUGAUCCAUUGGGGGACUGGCACCUGUAACUUGGAGCUCUGGACUGAUGAGAGGCCAGUUUCUAAGGACACUCCUUUGCAAAUUUCCCAUGAGUACGAAGUGAAAGCAUUACAAGACCAAUGAAUUCCCUGGAAAUGAAUCACUUUGUUCUCUUUUUAUAUUCGAAACAAAAAUUAUUGGUAAAUUGGGCAUUUAGGAGUACAAGAUUUAGGAAAGAACUUCAGUAAAUUAUCUAUUUGUCUAUGUUCAACACUGCCCAACAAUGAGGUCCCUCAGCAAAUAUGCAAAUUCCCUCUC